UUAAUCCCAGAGGGCCUGAUGUGUAUUCGCAUUUAACAUGAUCACUCUGAAUUUCAGUGGAAAACCUUCAUUUUUAUACAAACCUUUAUUUACCUCAUUGGGUUUCAAAAUCUAUUUUCCAAGCGAUACCUUAACUUAUGGUAGAGAUAGAAAUACAUCAAAUUGGUAUAUUUACAACAAAAACAGAUGUUUGUUGUGUGAAAUAUGUUAAAGUUGUGGAGUUUGGGUCUCACCUUUUCCUGGCAUGCCUCCUUAACAAGCAGCUUACAUUUAGGGCCCAAAAAGCCUCUCUUACAACUUCCUUAACUUGUUUGUGCACCUGGUGGUGAGACAAACUGGGAUUCUCAUCCAGUAUUGUUUGAAUAUAUACAGUAUAGGAUGAAUAUGUGGAAAAGAAACCCAUUUCCACUGCUAAGUAAUGUGCAGGAUCUAUGAUGCUGUGGGAGCUUUUUCUCAUCCAAAGUACGUGGAAACCUUGAUCAAAUGCGUGGCAUCAUGGACUCCUAGAGAUUUUAAGUACAAACCUAGUUACCUCUAACAUAGAACUUGAUAUGGUUUAUCAUUGGGUUUUUCAGUAGUAGCGUGUUUAAAACCAGACACAAAAUCAAUCUGCUUUUAUUUCUAUUUCUAUUUUGGCUUUCAAAUCAGAGAAAAACUGCUAAAACCUGAAACUUUCAAUGACCACCCUUCAAUUCUGACUCUUAUUUCGGUCAAAGAUUUGGUCAUUGAUAAUAUAAACAGACCCUUUGUAUUAUACAGAAUAUAUUAUUGCACUAAUUUACUUAGAAAACCCUGAAACAUACACCAUAGACCUUUACUUGCAUUGUCAAGAAGCAGCAAAUCUAUACACAAGUUGGAAUGGGUCAUACCUUCCCUGAAGAUUGGGCAGGUUAGUUCCCCUGGAGGUCCUCCAAGGAACUUUAGGCGUUUUUGUGUCAGAAUGUUCCUCCCAACAGCUGUGUCACCAGAAUAGACUAUUUUAUAUAAGUGGUCCAUGCAGGGUAGGUGCAAUUUUCACUUUCCUCCACAGUAUCAGUCAGUCAGUUUAAUAGCACUACACUAAUAUAGCGGUCAAAACGUUAUUCCAAUGACACCAUCUGUCAUCACUCCAACUCAGUUUGUCUGCAGUUAUUUAACCAGCAUCUACAUUUUGUUUGGUCCUAAAAAGCCACUUCGGUAUAUUAAAACACAUAUGGCUGAUUGGUGGGAAGUUAAAAUACUUAUAUACAAUCGGACUGCAGCUGUCUAACACUUGCUGAGGCUAAACAUAUAGGAGGAAACCUCCUGAGAAAGUGGAUUUUGAUUUAUUGCGAUCGGCGGACAUCAGUAGAUUGUUGGCACUGACAAUGGCAACAUAAAAAGUUAAAAACCUAGUAAAAGAAAAUGUUUUCUAACCUGUUAAACUUUAUGGUCGCACACAACACAAGCAGUCACCUUGGCGGUCUGGCUGUUAACUCCCUGUUCGAGAUUUCUGUAACAGCCAUGGCAUUAUCUGUGUUGUGUCUUCAUCUCUUAUUUUUGCAUUGUUCCUUUCCUGAAAUCUAAGAUUGUGGUUGUUUCAGAACCCUGGCAGUGUUUCUGAUAGACGCUUUUUUUGUGGAUGAGGAAAAAAUCCACAAAAUCUGUCAUCCUCAACUCUUUACAUCAGGAGAGGUCAUUCACGUUUCCAGGUGUAGAUGAUCUUUGUAGCAAACCUGCACAGUAUAUCCUUGUUUUGCAUUGCAACACAUCCAUUUGAUACAUUUCUGUUAGAAAUUAUUUUUCCGACACGUAAACAAUCCAUUUGGUAAUUCCCAAGAGAGAUUUCCUGACAUUGCCUUCACAGACACAACACUAUAAUCCAUAUAUGGUAGUGCCUUCUGGUGUUAGUGGGCAUGACUCUAAAGGCUCUUUUUGUUUCAGAAAAGUACUUUUUAAGUUUCAAAUCUGCUUUGAAAAUGGAAAGUGAUUUAUCUUUCAUACAUUCAAGAUUUUCAGUUUGUCUUUCUCUAAAAUGUCAUGAUAGAUUACUCUUACAUUGCAAAAACUGAUAAAUUAAUUGUAACACAAUCACUUGUCGCAACGAUUUAAUCACAAUAUCUGGAAACAAGCAUUGAUGCAAUGUGGAAUGUUUUUGGUGGAUGCCAGGCAGUGUUUCUUAACCGUUGAGUUUACAGUCUGACGUUCACCUUCUCUCUGCUGUCUGCACAGCUGCAGUCUUGUAAACACUUCCCCUGCUUGGAAAUCAGUGUCAACCCACUCCUUCCUUCUCUUUCUCUCUCAAACACUCAUACAUCAAACAGAAUAAACACCAUAAAGUCCAAAAUACAGCCUACGUCACUUCCUCGCAUAAUCAUUUUUAAUCCAGCACAUGACGCAGAGGGACGUGUUAGCAUUACAUCUUCUUUCAGCUUUGAAAUGUGUUUAUUUUUCAAGUGGAGGACUGUAGAGGAAGGCACGCUUGGUUACAGUAAAUGUUGUGUGAAUGUGACAAAAGGAUCUUCCUCAGUUAGUGUGAACUUUGUGUUACAUUGCUCUGGGUUGAUGUAAUAUAGAACAUUUCAUAUAAACAGUGAUUGUUGCAUUGUUGCAUUUGGUAAGUCUUUAAGACUUUUUAAAGUUUUCUUGAAGAAUCUUGUUAAAUGUAAUAUACAUAUUUUGUUAAAAGUGGUUAAACGAUAUUAUGGGAAUACAGGUGUUCCACUCUGCACUGCAUCCCAGUUUAAUAGGAAUAUGUCUGUCUGACUCAUACAUACUCUUGUGAAGUUGGACCUCCUUCUCCUAACUCCUUUAUAAGAGCGCCAAACUUCCUUCUGUUCAGAAUUUGCUCACACAUCGAGACUUUCAUAUUUAUUAUUUAUUUUUAAUUAAAUCUUUUUGCAAGCUAUUUAUUGUCAUUUAUUUUGUGUUCAUUUCAUUCAACACUCCCUUUAUUCCUUCUUUAAAAUGUUUUUCUUUCCAAAUAACCUUUUAUUCUACCUGUUUACCGUCGUUUUUUUAAUCCUGUCACUUCCCUUUUCGUGGUCGUUUUAUCUCCCUGAAUCCAACCCAAUCUUUGCGUUCAGAAAUCAGCUCAGAGAGGUGCAUCUUUAUACAGAAAACCACAGACAUGGGCUGUAUUUGCAGAUAAAUCAGGAUGGUAGAGUGACUGGAAGUGAUGCCCAGACUCCCUAUAGUGUGCUGCAAGUCAAAUCAGUUAAACAGGGCCAUGUAGUCAUAAAGGGGCAAUCAUCAUCCAUGUUUCUCUGCAUGGAUAUCACCGGGAAUCUUAGGGGGCAGAGUGCCUAUGAAGAGGCUGACUGCUCCUUCAGAGAAAUCCUGCUGGCUGAUGGAUACACCCGUUUCCUUAACUCACGCCAUGGAAUUCCUUUAUCACUGGCAUCCAGAAAUUCUCCAGAUCAACACUCAGUUCCUUUCACAAGAUUUUUACCUCUCAGGAAUACUUUAACAACAGAGAACGUCUCUGAGGAAUCAAUAAAAACCCAGAGGAACUUCAACACGGACUCGGAUGACCUUUUCGAGAUGGGACAGAAUACGGUGGUUAGUCCUCAGCUGUUUAUGGACAAGUAAAAUACAGCAUCACAAAGAAAUCAGACUCUGACACAUGAGUUUCUUUUAAUUUAUUAUAAUUAUUAUUAUGACUGAAUGUGGUUUUCAGAAUGUUUCAAUGAAAUUAAUAUUGACCUAAAUUAUUUAUUUAUUUUCUGCUUUGUGUGCUUCUUAUUUAAAGCUUAUUUAAAUUUUAAUUCAUUCUGAGCAUGAUUCAUAUCGUAAAAUAUUUUGGAAAAAAAACAAAAUAAUCUAGACUAGCAUUUUUCAGUUUCCUGGUAAAGUUCAAUUUCCUUUUCUCAGGUUGCAGAGAAAUUCUCAGUGCAAAUAAAUCUAAUCCAAAUAAUUAUUUGAAUGUUUGCAUUACUGAUGUGCAGAUGCAACCCUGCACUGAAGCAUUUAGAAAAAGAAGCAGUUCAGAGCUACAGGAGUGAGGAAAAACUGCUGUUGUGAGUGCAGGCCCGCCCUCUAGUGGAGGAAACGAAUAAUGACACAAGGCAGGUUAAACUCUGGAGACAGUUAAGAUUUUUCAGUUUCAGCCAAUCGGCGUAUUUGCAUUGCUUAUAUAGACAAAACUCAGAGCAAAGCCUCUCAGUUGUUGUAUAGCAGCUGUUUAUUGGACCAAAGGUACAAAGUUUAAUGGAAUUUGUAAACUGCUGUUAGAUUUUUGAUUCAGGAAAGAAAAAGUAAAAUUCUCAAGGCAAAUUUGUAAAAUUGAAUUGUGAGUUAUUAAAUUGUAAGAAAUAAAAAUCUUGUGAUUUCAAACCUCUGGACAUCUUGGGCUCUUUUCCCGUUUUGCUCACUUUUGUUUUAAAAAAACUCCAACCAUACAGACAUACUUCCUGUUUAUCCAUAUUAUUUAAAGUGAUUGUUAUAGAGAGCUCUGGCUUGUUCUAUCAUUUACAUUUACCAUGAAAUCAUGUAUAUACUGUGCUGUUUUUGUUCUAAACGAUGCCAGAUGUCGCUUAGUUUACUCCAGCAACUACCGCUCCCUCCAUACCAACCGCCAUGUUUGAAAAGCUUAAAAACAUCCAUCUUUUAUUGUAGUUGCAUAGUCUCACACUGAACAUUUCACUCAACUAAACAUUUCAGUCAAGUGCCUUUAAUGAGUGUAAAAAUUAAAUCACCAAAAAAGUAAUUCUUUUUUUGUUUAAUUGCCAAUGUGACACCUGUUCAUACGCCUAACAUAUAAUACAUAAAUAAGUUCACUAAAUCAAGAUUAUGGGUGCUUGUAAUCUGUGCUUUAGAUUUUUAUAAUUGAUCAGUGUCUAAACAUUUUUAAUUAGUAAUUGUUCAGUUUAGUUUGUGAUGACCAUUAGUAGUGAAUUUCUGUUCCCUGGGGCGUGAAUAUAAUGUGACACAGACACCCACUUCUUUAAGCCACUCUCCAUUAUGCUGCAUGAGGACCUAUGUUUUAUCUUGCCAAUGCACACAAUGAGGAUAGUAGAGGAGGUAAAAACAAAUAACAAAUCUGCAACAAGCAGCAGCUUAUUGAGGUCAACAAGUCUUUACAAUAAUCAUUUGGUUCUAUCUAAAUGUUAACCAUUUAGUUGGGAGGUAUGCCAGGACACAGCAUUUUCAUUCACAAAUGUAAACAUGUGAAGUGUGCUGAAUGCUACUGAGAGUUUAGCUGACAAUUAUCCACAACAUACAGCCAAAUUAACACAGAAACAGUUCAUUAGAACCAAAAUAUCCC